AUGUCAACUCCUGCCAGAAGACGUCUGAUGAGAGAUUUUAAACGUCUCCAAGAGGAUCCACCCACUGGUGUAUCUGGGGCCCCCACUGAUAAUAAUAUAAUGAUCUGGAAUGCUGUGAUAUUCGGCCCUCAUGAUACUCCAUUCGAGGAUGGCACCUUCAAGCUAACUAUAGAGUUCACAGAGGAAUAUCCAAACAAACCACCAAUAGUACGAUUUGUAUCUAAGAUGUUUCAUCCCAAUGUGUAUGCCGAUGGUGGUAUAUGUUUAGACAUUUUACAAAAUAGAUGGAGUCCAACAUAUGAUGUGUCAGCUAUUUUAACUUCUAUACAGUCAUUACUUAGUGACCCCAAUCCGAACUCACCGGCCAACUCGAUGGCUGCACAACUGUAUAAAGAAAAUCGAAGGGAAUACGAGAAACGGGUUAAAGCAUGUGUCGAACAGUCAUUUAUUGAUUAG